AUGUUUUCCAAACUCUUGACAAGAACAACUUCCACCUCAAACACAUGUUGUUUAUUAUUACGUAGUAGUAGUAAUGCAGUUAUUAAAAAUUCACAAUCAUUGAUCUCAUCUGCCACCACUCAAACAAGACAUUUCACAUCGAAUAACAAGGAAAAUUCGACACUUGCACAAACAGUCGAAACUGACAAUUCAACAAAUCAAACAGCUGGUUGUCCCUAUCAUCAAAACGUUGCCAAUACUAUAAAGGAAAUCAAACCUUGGAAUCAAGUUCCUGGACCAAAGCCAUGGCCACUGAUCGGCAAUUUAAUUGACAUUAAGAAGAAUGCAUUCAAUCCUUCUGGGUAUUUUCUUUCCCUGUGUGAUACAUAUGGAGAUUUAGUCAAGUUGACUGUGUUUGGAACUAACAUGUUGAUUAUUGCUAAUCCAUAUGUGUUAUCUGAAUUGUUUAAAAAGGAAGAUAGAAGAAAGUUAUUGGAAAGUACUAGAUAUUAUAAAGAACCAAGAGGUUUGGUACUUUCUCCAGUUGAGUUGAGACUUGAUGAAGAUUGGAAUUCAAUUCGUCAAUUGUUUAAUAUUGCCAUGAGACCUGAAUUCCAAGAAAAUAUUACAAUUCCACAGUUGACUGAAUUGAAUGGUGAAUUUUUGAGAAGACUUGUUGCUAAUAUGAAACAUGUUCCUCAAAGUGACAAGUAUCAAUUGCUUAAUACUGUUGACACUACUUCAAGAUAUGCUUUUGAUGCUGUUUUGAAGGUUUUCCUUGGUGUGAAAAUGACUGAUGACAUUGCAAAAUCUCUUCCAUUUGAAAUUCGUGACUUUGUGAAAUAUUCAGUUUCUGUUCUCGAUAUGGCAAUCAUGUUGGAUCACAAACCACCAUUCUACAGACUUUACAAAACCAAGGAAUUUAAGGAAUUUGAAACAUAUUAUGAUAAAUCAUACGAAUUUGCAAGAUAUUGCAUUCAGAGAUUCAAAACUAAUCCAUCCGAAAAGGAAAGAUUAUUGGAAUUAUUGGAAAAUAGAGCUAAAGAUCAAGAUCAAGCAAAUGCCAGAAUUGAAAGUGUCAUGAUUAACUUUUUACAAGCUGGCAUUGAUAUUACAGUAAGAAUUUUAUGUCACUGCUUGUACAGACUUGCUCACCAUCCAGAAUAUCAGGAAAAGAUUUAUAAGGAAAGUGUUGAAAUUUUCGGUGAACCAACCAUUGAAGAAAUGACUUCAGAAAAUGGACUUGUAAUAGCAAAGGAACAUUACAAAAAGCUCAAGCUCACUAAAAACUUUGUUGAAGAAGUUUUGAGAUUAAAUUCCUUCUCCUAUCUCACUAUGGGAAGACAAUUGAGCCAAGAUACAGAAAUUGGUGGAUAUACAGUUCCAAAAGAUACAAUUAUCAUUGCCAUGCAAAGAUGGGCCACAAUGAAGGAUGAAUAUGUUCCACGUGGUGAAGAAUUCAUUCCAGAACGUCAUGAAAAGGGAUCUCCUUUGGCACCUGUCAAUAAUUUUGUUUCCAUUCCAUUUGGAGUUGGAGCUCGUAAAUGUCCAGGAUCACGUAUUGCAAGUACUGAACUCUACUUUGGUAUUAUUAAUGCUGUCAGACAUUUCAAAUUAUCUCAUGAAAAUCCAGAAGUUCUUCCUCCAACUUCUUUCGAUCAGUCAUUGCUGUAUAUUGACUCGAAGAAAAAUCCACUCUAUUUCACUCCAAGAGAACACGUUAAGGAAUUUGUUGAAAAGAAUGCAAAAUUGUAA